AUGGAUCCAUUCAAUCAUAGUCAUCAAAAGAACAACUUUAGGUACAACCCAAAUUUGAACAAAACAACUCAAUUAGAUGAUGAUGAAGAUCAAGAUUUCACAGGACUUCUAGAUAUCUUUGUUCAUCAUGCUAGCAACAUUCAUAACAUAUGCAUCUAUGAUAACCAAGAUGUAUAUGCUAAAUUCUCCCUCACUUACAACCCUGAUGAGACUCUUUCAACAAGAAUCAUCAAUAAAGGUGGCAAAAAUCCAACAUUCAAUGAAAACUUGAGGAUGAAGAUAACUCAAAUGGAUGCUUUAUUGAAAUGUGAAAUUUGGAUGUUUAGUAGGUCAAGAACUCACAUGGAGGAUCAACUUUUAGGGUUUGCUUUGGUGCCAAUUUCAAAAAUUGUUGUAAAAGGAAAAGUAACUCAAGAUUAUAGUCUUUCUUCAACUGAUCUUUUUCAUUCUCCGGCCGGAAUUGUCCGAUUAACACUUUCUUUACACACAUCUUUGGUAUCUGAAUCGGCAAAUAGUUCGUCGAUAUCGUCGGAGGUUAUUUUUCUUGACAGAAAAGUUUCUGAAGUUAUGUUGGAUGCAAUUGAGUAUUCGAGAAUUGAGUUUCCUGAUAUAAGUGUUGUUAAGGAGAAUCAAGAAAUGGUUUCUGAGUAUUUUAAUCUUGCUUGGGACACAAGUAACAACAAAAACUCAAGAAAAUUUCUACCUUUUCUUCAUCUUGGUUCAUCUUCUCAACUUGAAAUGACGAACUUGAGUUCGCCAGACGCGAAUCAAGUUGAUUUGAUAUCCAUCUCUCCGAAUGAAAGCAUUCAGAAUUCGAGUUUCGUAAGCUCGACUAUCACAAGCUUAAGUGAUAAUAGAAACUCAGCAGAUUCAAUUGAGAAAAAGAAUCACUUAGGAGGUGAUUCAACACCAACUUCACAGAAAGAAGUUGAAUCAAGAGAUGAUGAGAAAGAGAAGAAAUGCAAGAAAGAUAGGAACACAGAAGCCAUAAAACAUGGACAUGUUUUUUCUUCUUCUUUAGGGAAAAUUAAUCUUGAAGCUGAGGAAUGUGCUAUGCAGAAGCAAAUAGUGGACAUGUAUAUGAGGAGUAUGCAACAAUUUACCGAGUCCUUGGCGAAGAUGAAGCUUCCGAUGGACCUCGACAAAUGUCAAAGAGAAGAUCAUGGUGGUGAUGUAAUUCAAAGUCACGAGAGCGAAAAAUUAGAAAAUGCUAAGAAAAAGGAUGGAUCGCGUGUGUUUUAUGGUAGUCGGGCGUUUUUUUAA